AUGGACGCCUCCACCACAUCCUCCUCAUCCCCUCUCUGCUUCGCCCAGAAGCCUCCCAGCCCGAGGCCCCUCCUCAACCCCACCCCUCGAGCCACCCACGCCGGCGCCGGCCGCCAGAGAGCCACCCGCCUCCGCGGCAUCUCGCCGUCGCCGUCGCCGUCCCCACCGACCCCGCAGCAGCAGCAGCAGCAGCCAAUGGAGGCGUUCGGCUUCGACGCGCUCAAGGAGACCUUCUCGGUGGACGUGGCGGCGGCCGAGGCCCGCCCGCUCAACGUGCCGCUCGCCGCGCCCUUCACCAUCGCCUCCUCGCGCCUCGACGCCGUCUCCAACGUCGCCGUGCGGGUCGAGCUCUCCAGCGGCGCCGUCGGCUGGGGCGAGGCCCCCGUGCUCCCCUCCGUCACCGCCGAGGACCAGCCCGCCGCGCUCGCCGCCGUUGGACGCGCCUGCGCCGCGCUCGUGGCCGCACGGAGCGCGCCCCUCGGCGCCGUGCUCCAGGACGUCGCCGAUGCGCUCCCCGGACACGCCUUCGCAUCGGCCAGAGCAGGAGUGGAGAUGGCAGUGAUUGACGCGGUAGCUAACAGCAUCCGCAUACCCUUGUGGAGAUUAUUUGGGGGAGCAUCAAACACCGUGACAACAGACAUCACAAUUCCAAUUGUGACCCCAAAUGAAGCUGCUCAAUUGGCUGCAAAAUAUCGAGGACAAGGGUUUCAAACUCUGAAGCUCAAAGUAGGGAAAAACUUGAACUCGGACAUAGAAGUUCUGAAGGCUAUACGGCUAGUCCAUCCGGACUGCUCAUUUAUCUUGGAUGCAAAUGAAGGGUACACAGCAAACCAAGCAAUUGAAGUUCUUGACAGACUGAACGAAAUGGGAGUGACUCCUGUACUCUUUGAGCAACCAGUUCAUAGAGAUGACUGGGAAGGUCUCCGUGAUGUUAGCAUUGCUGCUAUGGAGAAAUACAGAGUUGCUGUUGCUGCUGAUGAAAGCUGUCGUGGUUUACAUGAUGCUCAGAAAAUUAUACAUGGAAAUCUUGCUCAUGUUAUUAACAUCAAACUGGCAAAGUUGGGGGUUCUUGGAGCCCUCGAAGUAAUUGAUGCUGCAAGAAAAGCUGGUAUUGCACUUAUGAUCGGUGGUAUGGUCGAGACUAGGAUUGCCAUGGGCUUUGCUGGUCAUCUGGCCGCUGGGCUUGGUUGUUUCAGUUUUAUUGACCUGGACACACCUCUUUUAUUGUCUGAAGAUCCAGUGUACGGUGGCUAUGAAGCUUCUGGACCUGUCUACAAGUUUAAGAAUGCUCGAGGCCAUGGCGGUUUCCUUCAUUUGGACAACAACAAUGGAUGGAUACCUUUACAUGGCCUCCCACCUAGUAUUACAGAUGAUCUGGCAACAGGGACUUUGUCCUUCAAAAUGAAAAUAUGCAAAUGA